UAUGUUUGCUGUAUUUAUUAAUGUGAUGUAUGCUUAUUUAUUUAAUUUUGUACCAUGUGUACUAGGCUCCAAACUAUUUCCUUAUUUCCCACCUUGUUGGGUCGGGUGUGUUAUUUCCGAUGGCACCUAAAAGCAUCAUUGAUAGCUACUGUUUACCAUAGCCAUCCUGCUGCAGCUAGCUAGCAUUACCAAACACAUCUGUCACAGUUAUAAAGUUAUAAAGGUUUAAACUGUUUAUUUAGUUUGUCAAAAUCAGCCAGUCUACUAGGUGGCUUCUUACUUUGUGUUUGAAGAUGGACAAGUUCUUAGUGCGGCUUCCCAAGGGGGGAACACCUACUACAUCGAAAAGCAACGAAAAGGUUUACAAACAGGCAACAAUUGAGUCUUUAAGGAGGGUGGUUGUGAUUGAGGACAUCUGGCGCUACAAGUCCAUGUUGGAGCUGCCAGGACAGACCAAAGACAACCUGCUGACUGCCCUGACAGAGCUGAGCAAGAAGAUCCCAUCCAGGGAGGUGCUCAAGUCCACUAAAAUAGGUCACACUGUCAACAAAAUGCGGAAGCAUCUGGACCCUGAGGUGAGUUCAAUGGCAGCAAAGGUUUACACUGACUGGAGGACGUUCAUUGAGGAGAAUUCCAAUAAGCCGUCUAUUGAAGUGCGCUCCGACAAACAAUCUGAAGGACUUCGGAGCAACGCUAGAAGACUGAUGUCUGAGGCCCUGGAGGUCAAGGAGGAUUCUGCUCUUAUAGACAACAUUGAGAGAGAAGUGUUUCACCAGAGCUCCCGGUUAGUCAGCGGUUCAUACAGACGGACUGUUAGAGCCUUGGUGUUUGCCUUCAAACACAACCCUGAUAUCAGAACUCAAGUUAAGGACAACACAACAUCAGUCAACCAGCUGGUUUCUAAAUACAAGAAAUAACUGGUGUUGAAGACCUCUGGUCGUUUUUUUACUUGAAAUUUGCAAUGGUGCUUUUGAUGCAUACACAUUUUAUUAAUUUCUUUAUUUUCUGUAAAGGAUUUAUAAAAUACUUUUACACUUUGUGGCACAUCAGCAUCCUUAAACUGUUUUAUAAAUGCAUGUAAAUCACAGUCAAGAAUAUGUAAUUUAUUGUUAGUGGUGAUGAUAAUGCUGUCCCUUUUGUUCUACAAUCAUGAAGUUUUUUGUUGAUGAUAUGUUUUUAUACUGUUUUUACUGAACAUUUUUAUACAAAAUAUGAUUGAAAAUAUGACAACUUCA